GAUCAGGGUAGUAUCUCGGGGGUCAGGCUGUGAGUGAGGCCUUGUGGGCUGGGUUGGGUUGUCCCCUCCUCCUAACGGGAAAGGCGGGAUCUGUCCGGUGUGGAUUAGUGGAUUUGGGUUCUUUUCCCCUUAGAUUAACCAGGCUUCUAAGUGAUUAGGUUUCAAGCCCUGGAAAGUAUGGGGCCUCUUCACCAGAGGUAAUUGGAAGUACAAGUCUUCUGACUCCAGGUUCCCGGGUUCCCUUGCCAGGGCUCUCGUUAGUGCUGACUAAAAUUGGAAGUUUUUUGGAAACCUCUGACCCAGGAGACCUUUUGGCAGCUGAGGCUGGAAGCAGCGGAACCAAAGGCUGUUGGUCCUCAGUUGCUGGGACGGACGUGGGGCCAACCUGUCCGUUCUUACAAGUUUCCCCCAGGCCCGGGACAUAGGUGUAACACACACUCAGGUACUCUUACGUUUUAGCGUUGUCGCUGGCCCCACUUAAAGACUGCUUGAGAAAUCUUCGUGCCUCAGAUUUGUUGGCCUACAGAAUGCUUCGACACCCUUAUUUUUGUAGAAUAUAUAAAGGACGUUUUUCAUUCUCAGUGGAGUCUGGCAUAAUUCAUUUAGGUGUCUGGGCAAAGAAAUUGCAUUCAACAGUAGAAAUACAUACUGACUAUGAAGCCCAGGAACAAGGAGCUCAGUGUGGAGCUGAGAAGCUGCAUAGACUUGAAGACAGAGAUGCUGAAGCCACAGCUCCACUGCAUAUUCCAGUCAUGGUGGAUGAAGUUGUUCGCUGUUUGGCACCACAAAAAGGGCAGGUUAUUGUAGAUAUGACAUUUGGCUCAGGAGGACAUUCAAAAGCCAUUCUACAGAAGGAACCAGAUAUUACCCUGUAUGCCUUAGACAGAGACCCAACAGCUUAUACAAUAGCCAAACAGCUUGCACAGUUGUAUCCGAAGCAGAUCCACGCUAUUCUCAGCCAGUUCAGCCAGGCAGAGGCUUUGUUAAUGGAAGCUGGGGUGCAGCCAGGGACUGUCGAUGGAGUUCUUUUGGAUCUUGGGUGUUCCUCCAUUCAACUUGAUUCUGCUGAACGAGGUUUUUCCCUUCGGAAGGAUGGUCCCUUGGACAUGAGGAUGGAUGGUGGCAGGUACCCUAACUUGCCUACUGCUGCUGAUGUUGUAAAUGCUUUAGAUCAACAAGCACUUGCAUCCAUCCUAAGAGCCUAUGGGGAAGAGAAGCAUGCCAAGAAGAUUGCUUCAGCAAUUGUUCAGGCACGCAGUGUAUACCCCAUCUCUAGAACCCAGCAGCUUGCCAGCAUUGUUGCAGGUGCCUUUCCUCCCUCUGCUGUUUACGCAAGAAAAGACUUGUUACAGCGAUCCACCCAUAUUGCUACCAAGACUUUCCAAGCUCUUCGCAUAUUUGUGAACAAUGAGCUCAAUGAACUUUAUACAGGACUGAAGACAGCUCAGAAGUUUUUGAAAACUGGUGGUCGCCUUGUUACCCUCUCCUUCCAUUCAUUAGAAGAUCGCAUUGUAAAAAGGUUUUUGCUUGGGAUAAGCAUGAUGGAAAGAUUUAACCUAAGUGUUAGACAGAAGGUGACACAAUCAUCACAGCUGGGUUCAGACCGUGAAAGUUACAAUGGAAUCUCUGCAAGAGCUCCUUUAAUGUGGGAACUGAUGCACAAGAAGGUACUUACCCCAGAAGAUGAAGAUGUACAAGUUAACCCCAGAGGGCGCUCAGCCAAGCUUAGAGCAGCUAUCAAAUUAUGAGAAUCUCACUAUCAGUUGAUCCUCGGAUUUUCCUUCAGUAUUUAAAUUUUUUUAAAUAUGCUGCUGAACAGCUUAGUGCAGUGUAAAGUGUAGGCAAUCUGGAAAUUAUUGGUAUUUAACUUUUUUUUUUCUCAUAAGAAAAUGUGGGAAAUUAUCACAUGACAUAAAUACUUCCAGCCAGGGAACAGAACAUACAAAAAUUGGAAAAUUGUGUUUAUCUUUGCAUUGUUUUUGACUUUCAAAAUGCAAUCCUUUCUUUGAUGA